AUGUCGCUUCCCGCGAGAAUACAGACAAAAGGAAAAACUUCGUGGAUGAAACAUGCAGCUCCUUUUGUCAAAUGCAACUUUGACGCUGGUUUUCAGGAAAAUAACGAGCAAGGCAUGGGUGGUUGGAUUUUACGAGAUCAUUACGGCGAAGCGAAAGCUUGGGGCUCAUCGAUUUUGGAUCAUGUCAUCACCCCUUUGGACGCAGAAACAAAAGCUCUCAUUGUGGCAAUGCAACAAGUCUGGAUAAGAGGUUACAAACUGGUUCAAUUUGAAGGUGGUUGCGAGGUGCUCAUCAAUGCGAUCAAUGGCAAAUCUUCUCGCUCAUCAUCUAGUUUCUCUUCAGAGUUCACAAAAUCAGUCUUUCAAGCAGAUUCAUGUAAUCAGCCACAAUGGCUAACAAACCUUCUUUGUAAAGAUUUGCAGUCUUGA